UCUUAAUGGAGUGGAAACUCAAUUGCAGUUGACUUCACCUGAAGUUAAUAGUUGAGAAUUGUUAAAUAAAAAUUUAGUCAAAUUAGUUGAAUAUCUGACGACUCUCGGCUAUCAACUUCACGUGAACUCGACUGCAACUGAGUUUCCACCAUUUGUGGCUAUAUAUAUAUAUAUGGCGCGCGGUCGAGUUUAGUUGAAAUCGAUCACCAAAUUCUGGCCGGUCUGACCUGCAAAUUCUAUGGUUCUUGUUGGCGCAUUAUUGUGGUCAAGCAUGGAGAGAGCAAUAAUACACUGGAUUCUGGUUUUAACCUUAUGUGCUUUCCUUAUACUCGUUAAAGGAGCAGUAGCUGCUAUGGCAUCCAGUACUGCUGCUAAUGCUCCAGGGUUCAUCACGAUUGAUUGUGGAUCGAACAGAGAAUACUUGGACAAAGGAACUGGAAUUUGGUACGAGAGCGAUAAAAAAUUUGUAGAAACAGGAGAGAAUUGGAAAGUAGCAGGGAGUUCGAAUUUAAACGAUCCAUACUUUGGGAAAGCGUCGAGAACGGCAAGAUGCUUUCCGGAAGGAGUGAGGAACUGCUACACUCUGAUGAGAGUGCCACAAAAACAAAGGUAUCUAAUUAGGGCGAUAUUCAUAUAUAACAACUAUGAUGGCAAAAAUCAAAACAUGACAUUUGAUAUUCAUCUUGGAGUGAAUCUGUGGGACACAGUGAGUCUUGAUUCUGAGACUUAUUGGUCUUUCACUGAGAUUAUAUACACUCACACCAGUGACUCCAUACAAAUUUGUCUUGUAAAAACUGCCCAAUCCACUCCUUGCAUUUCUUCUUUGGAACUACGCCCUUUGAGUAGCUCUGUUUAUGCUCUCAACUCAACCACCAAUUCACGGCUACUGUUGUAUUUACGGACUGACAUUGCCUCCCUUGACGCACCUGAGUAUGUCAGGUACAAAGAUGAUGUAUAUGACCGGAUUUGGCGUUAUGAUCGCGAUGUAGAUAGUUGGCAAAGCUUGGAAUUAGAUAACUACUCAACCGCCAUCGAUAUUGGAAGCAAUAAUAAAUCUGAUUCUUAUAAAGUGCCGUCCAAAGUAAUGAGGAGUGUUGCAACAUCAGAGAGUGUUUCUGAUGCCUUGGAAUUUAGUUAUAGCACUGUGCUUGGAAUCGAACUUGAAAACUCUAGCGAGUAUUAUACAUACUUCCACUUUGCUGAAAUUGAGCAACUUGGGGUUGGAAAAAAAAGAAUAAUUGACAUCACCCUUAACUCGCAAAGCAUUCUCUCAGAACCUUUGGUUCUUGAAUACUUGAAACCAGUCACUGUUAGUUCUGCAUAUACAGCACAUGGUGAUAUUAAUGUUAGCAUUAGUGCAACUUCAGGAUCAGAAGCUCCCCCAAUCCUCAACGCCCUUGAGAUCUAUCGGUUCGUACCGGAAAUUGAUUUCCCAACUGACGCAAAAGACGUGUCUGCAAUAGAGGACAUAAAAAGCGUUUACCAAAUUACAAAGUUGAAUUGGCAAGGUGAUCCAUGUCGUCCUACACAGUUUACAUGGGAGGGUCUCAAUUGUACCUCACACAAAAAUGCAAGGAUCAAAUCUUUGAACCUUAGGUCAAGCAAAUUGAGUGGGCAGAUAAAUAUUUCGUUCUCAUAUUUUACAGAACUAGAACUUUUGUGAGUAUAGAACUAGAAUUCUUAUGUAUACAGAAGCAAGUUUUGGGGCAAUAAGUUACUUAUUUUUCUCACAAAUUAAAGUA